AUGCGUUCGACGGACGACGCUUGUGGCUCCGUCCUGGGAAGACGUAUCUGUUCGGACGGACGGCAUCUGAACCACUUGACGAUUACCGUGGAAACAGUCACCGCCGGCGUCGCACAACAUUUGACUGGUCGGUCGAAGCUGACGGUCGAGGAUUUGGGCACAAAGAUGGGUACAAUUGUCAAUGGCCGGAAAAUACGGGGCGAAAAGUACGCUGCUGCUUCAGCGGAGCUCGAGAUCACAAUGGGCAAAUGCCCUAGCAAGUUCAGGAUAACUUGGUUCCCGGUGGUCUUUACUUUCUCGUUUACGAGUAAAGAGCUACAAACAGAUCCGCUUACUACUCUACGAGAACGAUUUGAGCAACUCGACGUCAAGCUUUUGACAGAUUAUAGUAUCGAACACACAACCCACGUAGUGUCCAGGAAACGCAAUACAGCAAAAGGACUUCAAGCCCUCAUCAACGGGAAAUACAUUGUGACUGAAACCUUUUUGGAGGCCGUAACGCAAGCCGCACAAAUAAACGACGCUUGCGAGCCCAGCUCUUUGGAGCAAGAGUUUGACAGAUGUUGGCCAGCUGCAAUCCAGCACUUGCCACCGCGUGGAGGGGAGCCCGUACAGCAUCCAGACUCGAUUUAUGAACCAGACUCCGACCGAAGAGACGUUUUCGAAGGUUAUACCUUCAUCUUCUACGACAAGACGCAGUACAACAAUCUCAUGGCUCCAAUCACAAACGGCGGCGGUAAGGCUGUCUUCCAAGUCAUCACACCCGGUGAGACUCACACAGACGAAUUUGUGCGGCAUGUGAAACAAGUUGCGGGAGAAAAGGGCCUCGGCUCCUUUGAGGAUGGAAGCGAAGGUAAGGGUGCUGUUGUUGUGAGGUUUUUGCCAGCCAAAGGUGAAUACGUCGAGUGGUACACAGAAUUCAUUACCGCCGUAUCACUACGGCUCGACCACAGACCCAUAGAACAAAACGAGUUCUUGGAGGCCAUUUUGACCAAAGACGCCACCAAACUACGGCGACCGUUGGAGGUUGAGUCAGCACCAGCUAGUCAGGCAGCAGAAAACAAUGACAUUGGACCUUCUUCGACGGCCGAUACUAGCGGCAUGCAGCCACAGCCGCCUGCUGAAGAACAACCACAACCAACAAGGACUCGGACUAGGAGGCCAGUAAAGCGACGUUUUGCGGGAUUUGACCAUGAUGCCGAUAUUGACAUGGACGACCCAAUUACGGCUUCCUUACCUCGCGACUCUGGACUGGGUCAGAUGCAAGGAGAGGACGCGGGCGGACUGUUCGUUUCGCAGGAGCCCGACUUGGCCGGGUCGCAACCGCCUCUUGGCGUGGAUGAUAGUCAGGCGAGGAAGAGAAGAGCCUCAAUCGAAGAUGACCUCAUGGACGGUGUGGCACCGGCAGCAGCUAGAUUCAAGCGACAACGGAUAGAAAGAGGCCAAGACUUUGCUCCGCCUUCGCCUUCACCGGACCCACAGCCUCCCGCAGCCCCAGCGAAGAAGAGAAAGGAAGAGCUCGACGUUCUUGCCAUGGCUGCACGUCACCGUGAAGAGGAAGAGGCCCGAGCUCGUGCUGAGCGUGAAGACCUGGCCAAUUUGCCCGAGGGCAUUGACCUUGCUGAGAUACGCCGUCUGAACAUAGUGGAGGAGAUGGAGAUUCGCAUACCGGCCCGAGAAGCCAGAACCAGAGAAAAAGACGUUGCCGAUGGCCGUUGGAAUCCGAAGUGGAAUGGGGUGAAAAAUUUCAAGAAGUUCCGUUCACGAGGCGAAGCGACUGGCAGACAGCCCGUCAGAGCCAUCGUUACUUUACAAGAGGUCAAGAAUAAGGAGUUCGGCAUAGGGGAUAAUUAUUGGCUAGAAGAUGAGGGCGUUGAGCGGACGAGGUCGCUCACCGUGGUGCGCUCCGCUCAUGGUACGCAAAACUCGAAAGCCUCCGCACCAGAGGCGUCGCCUCGAUACCGCGCCACGCAUGUUGUCGUUUCGGAGAGUGAAGAGGAAGACGACGCACACAACAGUGCACGGAGCGGAAAUCGGAGAGGCCCUGCCGGAACAAGCAGCACGAAGAUCACGGCCACACAGUCGCAAAUCACAUCGACUGGGCCAUCCGGACAGGCGAGAGCAACGCAGGAGAAGCGGUCUGCAGUGGAGCCGCUGUCGGGCCAGCGGGCCAAAAGGCCACGACCAGCUUUACGAGCCAUCGAAGUUGCCGAUAGUGACGAUAGCGAGGAUGAACUGAAGUUCAGAUUUGGCAAGCGGCGAUAG